CAGCCGCUUGCCUCAUCAGACAGACGAGACGAGCACAUGACAACAUCUCACACCUACAGAGGCGUGGAGCUAUCAGCAAAACCAGGCUGACGACAGCUGACUGUUGACUUGUUUACUAGAUCCAAAGGACACACCAUGGUGGAGCAGCUAACGUUUGCCCAGGGUAACUGGCAGCGGAUCCACGCUGUGGAGAACUCAUUUGGGCCGUUGGGGAAGCCCCUGUCCAUGCCGGGCCGGGUUCUGAUCGGAGAGGGCCGGCUGAUGAAGAUGAGCCGCCGGGGGCCACAGCCUAAAGUCUUCUUCCUCUUCAACGAUGUGCUGGUGUACGGCAGCAUCAUCCUGAAUGGCCGUUGGCACAAAAAACAGAAGAUCAUCCGUCUAGAGGACAUCCAGCUGGAGGACUUGGAGGACGGCAUCAAAAUGAGAAACCAAUGGCUGAUUCGCACACCACGCAAGUCCUUCUACGUGGCAGCCAUCUCAAACGAGGAGAAGCGAGCUUGGAUCGAACACAUGGAGAACUGCCGGUCCAGUCUGCUGCAGAGCGCUGGCUGCAGGCCCGGGUCCACCUUCGCCGUCACCUGGAUCCCUGAUCGGGCCUCUGCGGUCUGCAUGCGCUGCUCCAACAGGUUCUCCGUGACCCAGCGGCGACACCACUGCCGAAAAUGCGGCUUUGUGGUCUGUGGUGGGUGCUCCAAGAAGCGAGCGGUAAUCAGCCACAUUCACCCGACUAAGGUGUUGAGGGUCUGCACCAUGUGUCACUCGAGUCUUACGACGCUGGACGCCAAAGAGGUGAAUCGUCUGAGGUUAAGCAGCACAGAGCAGCUCGGCUUGGAUGAUGAUGAUUACGUGGAGGCAUACAGUGAAGAAGAGGAGGCAGAGGAGCAGAUGGAGGAUGAUGAUCCCAGCAUGUGGGUGGACUCCCAGAUGGAAUCCCUGUCCACCUAUGUCUACUUCAGACCAGAGCAUGUGAAGCCCAAAAUGUAAGCACAUCAAGAGUGCUGCAGCCACUCAGAAAAAAAAACUUGUAUUGGACUUUGGGUCUUUCUUUAACAUGGACACAAUACUGCUGCAACUUUGUGCAGUAGGAGCAAGUAAAAAGACAUUCUCACUCCGUCAUAAACAUGACUAGACAAUAAUGUAUUAAGUAGAAGAAUUUUGUACAUAGUGUAUUUAUUGAUGUGAAUACUUUGUCUUUUCACAUUAUUCUGUUUGUGCAACACUGUUGCUGUGAAGUCGUCGCUUGAGUUCAGUCUGCCUUUCUAGAUUUUUAUUUAAGUCUGAUUUCAGUAACGUGUGAAUAUGUCAGUGUUUGUGUACAUGAAAUCAUUUGGACUUUAACCACAUUAAACAUGUGAAAGCCUCACAAAAAAAGUUUAUAGCUAUCAUUCCAGUACUGAUUAAUCAAGAAUAUACAACAGAUCUUUCCUAGAAGUGAUCAUGGAUUCUGACUGUACCUGUAAUAAACAUCAAUAAACGUGUGUGGAAUGUA